CACGUAUAAAUCACAUACAGGUAUUUACUAUUUACAAAAAAAGUACUCGCCUGUACUAUUCGGUUGUUUGUUAAUUAUUUUUGAAAAAAUAUACUUACUUUUUCAUUACAACAAUGUUUUACAUUAUUGGUGUAGGUUUGGGGGAUGUGAAAGACAUCACAGUUCGAGGUCUCGAAAUCGUUCGAAGUGCUAAACGAGUGUACUUAGAAUCUUAUACAUCUAUACUACCAGAAAACAAACUUCAAUUGGAAGAGUUUUAUGAAAGACAGUUGAUUGAAGCUGAUCGAGAGCUAGUUGAACAAGGUGCAGAUGAAAUAUUAGACAAAGCAAACGAGGAUAAUGUAGUUUUACUUGUGGUUGGUGAUCCUUUUGGUGCAACUACUCAUGCUGACAUAUUGUUAAGGGCACGAGAUUUAAAUAUUGAGACUAAAGUGAUUCAUAAUGCUUCUAUUAUGAAUGCUAUCGGAUGUUGUGGACUUCAGUUAUAUCAUUUUGGAGAAACAGUAUCUAUACCUUUCUGGACAGAUAUUUGGAAACCUUCAAGUUUCUUAAAAAAAAUUAACCAAAACAAAUCUAAUGGAUUACACACCUUAUGUUUACUUGAUAUUCAAGUAAAAGAACCAACAUGGGAAAGUAUUACAAAAAAAAAAAAAGAAUAUCAGCCAUCAAGAUUUAUGGAAGUAAGACAAGCGUGUUCACAACUAUUACAAAUUAUAGACAGUAAUGAAUUUGAUGGAGAAAAUUAUGUUACCAGAGAAACUUUGUGUGUGGGCGCAGCACGUAUUGGAUGGCCAGAUCAAAAAAUAUUGGCAGGCACAUUAGCUGAAAUGGCCAAUGUGGAUUUGGGUUCACCAUUACAUUCAAUGGUUAUUGUUGGUACACUACAUCCUCUUGAAGAACAAUUUCUCAAACAGUUUUAUAUUGAAAAUAAAUAAUUAAAUAUUUAAUAACGUGAAUAUGUAAAUUAAAAACUUCUAUAUUAAAUAAUUUUUACAGCUAAAAACAAAAAAUAUUUUUUUUGAAAAAGUAUUUAUUUUUUACUUUUUAUAAGAUAUAGUCAUUAAUAUAUAAAAUAAUACUAAAGGACAUCACAACACUAAAAACAAAUUUACUUAGACAUAAAGUUUAUCAUUAUCUAAAAAAUAUGGUGUAGGUCUCACACUUAAACAUAAAUUAUUCAAUGAAAUAUAGGCAUAUGUUUUAACCUGACUUGGGAAGCAUAAAUCAAAAAUGUUAUUUGUUAUACAUUAUUUUUUUACAAAUGCUAUUAUAUUUUAUACACAUAAUGAUAUUUUAAAGAACAAUGUUUUUGGAAAAAAUGAAUUGAACCUAAUGUUUACUUAUAGCAAAAUAAAUAAAUUAUGGUAUCUACCUAA